UAAGUCAAUAACACCAACUUCGGUUUCCCACCUACAGGCUCGCCUCUCCAACCUUCACUGUACGGCCAGCCGCUGCGUCCAGAGCGCCAGUUGUGCAGGUUAACAAACAUGCCCGCCCUUUCCCAUCUCUCUCCUCUCACCCCCAACCUCGUCGCGGAAAAAGCUUACAUUCUUCUCAAAAACCUCCCUCACUCUCGCCACGUUCUCAAUUCUCUCUCCUCUCAUUUCACCCCAGAAGCGGCGUCCCAUCUCCUCCUCAAAACCCAAUCCGAUCAAACCCUAACCCUAAAAUUCCUCUCGUGGGCCCACCACCACCCCUUCUUCUCCCUCUCUCCCCAUCCUAAAUCCCUCGCCGUCCACAUUCUCACCCGCUUCAAGCUCUACAAAUCCGCCCAAACUCUAACCCUAGACCUCAUCUCCGCCGAGCCCCCGACCGUCCCCGCUGUCUUCGAAUCCCUAAAGUCCACUUUUGAUCUCUGCCAUUCAUCGUCCUCCGUCUUCGAUCUCCUCAUCAAAUCCUACGCGGAGUUGAACCUAGUUCGAAAGGCCCUAGUCACACUCGAUCUAUCCAAAUCGUCCGGCUUCAUGCCUGGCAUCUUGUCCUACAACUCGAUUCUCGAUGCACUGUUCCGAUCCAAAGGCUCGGAUUCGUCCGCUGCCGUGGAAAGAUUGCAGGCCGAGAUGAUUGGUUCUGGCAUUUCAUUGAAUGUCUUUUCGUAUAAUAUUUUGAUCAGAGGGUUUUGCAUCAAUGGGGAGUUGGAAAAGGCUUUGGAUUUCUUUAAUCAGAUGGAGAAAAAUGGGUGUUCGCCAAAUUUAGUUACGUUCAAUACUUUAAUUGAUGCAUACUGUAAAUUGGGAGGAAUUGACAAAGCGUUCGGAUUGUUUCGGUCAUUGUCCAUAAGAGAACUGCGUCCAAAUUUGGUUACGUAUAAUGCAAUCUUGAAUGGUUUGUGUCGAGAGGGACGGAUGAAGGAAACGGGUGCAGUUGUAGAUGAGAUGAUUAGUAAGGGUUUGAUUCCUGAUAAGGUGACUUAUAACACACUUGUGAAUGGGUAUUGUAGGCAAGGGAAUGUUCAUCAGGCGCUUGUUCUGCAUGCCGAGAUGGUACGUAAAGGUGUGGCGCCAAAUGUCAUAACAUACACUUCUUUAAUUGGUAGCAUGUGUAGGGAUGGGAAUUUGCAUCGAGCGAUGGAGCUAGUGGGCCGCAUGCGUGAGAGGGGGCUGUGCCCGAAUGAGGUAACAUACACGACUUUGAUCGAUGGGUUUUGUAAACAGGGUUUCUUGGACGAUGCUUAUGCAGUGUUGAAGGAAAUGGUGGAGAUUGGCUUUUUACCAUCCAUUGUAACUUAUAACUCGAUCAUCAAUGGGCAUUGUUUGUUGGGAAAAAUGAAUGAAGCAAUGGGCAUCAUUCGAGAUAUGAAGGUUGAAGGGUUGGUGCCAGAUGUAGUGACUUAUAGUACCAUUGUAAGUGGGUAUUGUAAAAAUGGUGAUUUGGAAAAGGCAUUUUCAGUGAUUCAGGAGAUGAUUGAGAAGGGUGUCUUACCUGAUUCUGUUACAUAUUCAUCGCUCAUUCGAGGUCUCUGUGAGCAGAAAAAACUGACUGAUGCUUGUGAUCUUUUUAAGAAGAUGUUGAGAUCAGGUUUACAUCCAGAUGAGUUCACUUACACAAUGCUGAUUGAUGGUUAUUGUAAAGAAGGGGAUAUAAAGAAAGCUUUCCAUCUUCAUGAAGAAAUGCUGCAGAGGGGGAUCCUUCCAGAUGUUGUUACUUACAGCGUGCUUAUAAAUGGGUUGAGUAAACAAGCACGGACAAGGGAAGCAAAGCAGCUGCUGUUUAGGUUGUAUUAUGAGGACUCUGUUCCGGAUAAUAUCACAUAUGAGAGACUGAUGGAUCAUUGCUGUGACAGAGAGUACAAGAGUGUUGUUGCUCUGAUGAAGGGGUUUUGUAUGAAAGGGUUGAUGACUGAGGCUGAUAGAGUGUUUGAAUCAAUGCUGGAGAGAAAUUGGGGGCCUAGUGAUGCUGUGUAUAACAUUAUGAUACAUGGUCAUUGUAGAGGAGGUAAUGUACGGAAGGCACUUGAUCUAUAUAAGGAAAUGGUGUGUGCUGGUUUCAUUCCCAGCACAAUAAGUGUAAUUGCUCUGAUAAAGGGGCUUUUCUAUGAGGGGAUGAGCGAGGAAUUGAGUCGAGUCAUACAGGACAUUCUGAGAGGAUGCUUGCUCACUGAUGCUGAGAUAUUGAAAGUCCUCGUAGAAGAAAACUAUAGAGAAGGGAACAUGGAAGCUGUUUUCAAUGUCCUUACUGAGAUGGCCAAGGAUGGACUUCUUCCAAAUAGUGGGAAAAUUGCUAUCUGAGGGAGAUAAACCAAAUGAGUAGUCACUUGUCCAGGGCACCUUUCGAAACAUUCAUAUUGCUCAUGUUCGUAAAAUGUCUUUCCUUUUUUCUCAUGGACUGAGGUGCACCGAGGCUAUUCAUCUGCAAUAAAUUAUGCAUAUGCACUAUUUCACCUGUUUGCUUGUACUUGAAAGUUGCAUGAAUUGGCCAUUGUAUCACGAGGAUAGAUUUUGACUGAGGCUACAGCAUUUGAACAAUGUCUGUCAUUGGUUAUUCAUCUGCUGAGUGGGGUUGAAUGGGUUCCGUGGCAGUCAGCUCUCUGUGUGCACUCUUGAAUUUAUUUCUGAGAGAAGUAAUUAUGAAGUAGACAUUUGCAUAUGAAGAAUUUUAGGGAGCUGUUUUGAGCUCCGGUGAUGACAGUAUCCUCUUUAACUUGCUAAGAUAAUUUGCAUAAACGAAGGGCCCAUCUGUGCAUUUAUCAGAGGUAAGGGUGUUUCGCCUUCUCCUAGGGAAAAUGAUGCUUUACAGUGGUGUCACUCUAAGAAUGGAGUCUUCUUGGUUCGAUCCCUCUAUUCUAUAUUGGCUCGUCCUCAGGUUCCUACCAAUGUUUUAAAUAUCGUUAUCGCGUAAUGUAUCGCACCCUUGGGAUAUGGAUACAUAUCGGUUAUCACAUGGGAUAUAUCGAUUGUAUCGCAUAAUGUAUCAUUGUUGUUGGGAAACCCGGGAACAUUGGGAGAUUGGUCGAAGUUUUCAAUGAAACUUCGGGGAUUGUUGAAAAAGACAUCAAUACACACUUAGGAAUCAAAACAUUACAAAUAAAAGGGCACAUAAUAGGGGUUUCCUUUGUAUGGAGUCCUAAUAUAUGCGCUUUCCAACUGAACUGAUGCAGGUAUAUUCAAAGUCUAUUUAUAUAAUUUAUAAAAGUAAAAGACAUUUAUGGAAACGCAAGCAAUACGUUCAAAAGCAAAAGAAGAAUCAUAGAUCAGGUUACAUACAUGUUUAGUUUUGUGUUUGGAUACAAAGAUCGCAACUGAUUUGUGAGAAAUUGAGAAAUUUCGAUUUUUUCUCAAAUUUUCACAACUUGACCCAUCUCCCCAAAUCUCGAAAUCGAAGUUCCAAAUCCAUGAUUUUUCAUGGAAAACUUGAAGAAUCAUAGAUUUGUAACCAUUUGACACUGGUUUAAUGUGAUUCACAGCAAAAACAUGGAUCGAAAAUCGAAAAUGCUCACCAAAUCGAAUAGGUGGGAUAUAUCGGCACCAGCUGUGCGUUUUGUGUCGCACAUGUGGGAUACAAGAUAUAUUGUGGGAUAUAUCGGCUGA